GAAAGCUGAAAGAAAAAAAUGUUGAGGGCCUGUCAUUUUACAUCUGUUAUAUCCUCUAAUCUGAUAACCCUAAGUUUUUUAUAUUUUUUAUAGAGGUGAACUAAAGUAAAGCUUGAAGACAUAGAAACCAUAACUGCCUGGCAUAUGGUGAUGAGGAUAGUGACUUCGGCAUAGAAAACAUGUGAGAGAUAUUUCAAUGAAUGAUGACAUCAGAAAUGACUCAGAGUGAUGUUUCAAAGCAGGCACUUAUAUAACAAAUAUGUGCUAGGUGACAAAGACUUGUAUAGCAUGCAGUGACUAUUAGCAUCUAAUAUGAGCCAGAAACCUUCCUAGAUGCUGGCAAUAUAGCAGGUAUAGCCUACUCUCAGGAAAUGUGUAUUUUUUUUAGUACUUCUUUCCAUAAGUAUUUACUUUUAGUUCUGAUUAGUCCUGGGCACAACACAACUCAUUUAGUCCUAACAGCAAUCCUUUGAGGAUUAUUACUUGCUUUACAGGAGGGUUAAUUCAAGCACAAUGGGGUUAGCUACUUUUCCAAGAUCACAUGGCUAAUGAGUAGAAUUAGUGAAGGUAGAGAACGUAAUAGUGACGGGAGAUGUUCCUUAGUCAUUAUCGAGGGGGUAAUGAGUGAGCUCUAUGACGAGGUACAUUGAAGGCCUGAAAGGAAGAGAAGGCAGUCCUGAGACCUAGAGGAAGAAUGUUCCAAAAAUAAGAAAGGACAUAUGGAGAGCCCCUUUGUUUAGAAAGUUUGUUGUAUUCAAGGGCAGUAAGGCCAGUGUGGCCAUAACAGUAAGCAGAUGAUAUCAAGAAGUAGGUAAGAGCUAAUUUGAGGGUGGCCUUGUAGUUUGUAUUUUACUCUUGUAUUUACUCUUGGAUUUUACGGGGAUUGUUGGGAUCUGAACAGGGAAGUGAUGUGAUCUGAGUUAGUGAGAGGCCUGUCAAAAUGUCAGCUAAUGGUAAUGGUGGCUUGGAUUAGAGCUGUAGAAGAGAUGGUGAUAAAUGGUUAGCUAGUAAGAUUUAUUUUGUAGAUAGAACCUAUAAGACUUUUAUGGACUGGAUCUUGAAUGUGAGGAAAAGAUAAUAUUCAAGGGAUUCCUGGGAAUUUAAAGUAGGAGUGGAUUGUGGCAAGAAAAUCAACAGUUUUCUUUUAGCCAUUUAACACAUUGUGAAUGGAUCACGAGAAUUGUCCCUUCAUAUUACACAGUGUUUUACAAAGUAUCAUAUUUUAAAAAGAUAUUAGCUUGUAAGAACAUGUAAUAAAUAACUUCAAAAUGCAAUGGGUAUUUAAUUUUAAAGCGUGCCUUUAACAUUUAUGUAAAAUGUUUUUUGUACUCGUUCAAUAGAAACUUAUCUGGCCACUGGAUAAAGCUAGUAAUAAAACUACUGGUCCGCAAUGUGUUAAGUUUCAUAUGCCAAUUAUAGAUCCAAGAAUGAAUGUCAUAUGGUAUGAUUUUGGAAUUCUGAAGAGAGCUCAGUGCUAUGAGUUAUCCAUAUAGGUCUUUGCUGCAGCUAUGGGAUUAGAUGAGAUUUCCUAAGAAGAGAGUGUACAGAGGAGAAGAAGCUCAGGACUGAGCCCCCAGAUACUCCCAAUAUUUAGGGUUCUAGUACAGGGGAAGCAUGCAAAGAAAAUUGAGGAAGACAAAAUAGGACAACAUUGAUGUCAUGGAAAGCUAAGUUUCAAGAGUUUAUCUCAAAAGGAAAUAAGCAGUUGAGUAAUGCUGUUGAGUGGUCAUAUAAGGUAGUGGAUUAAUUAGGGUGUCUAAUUGCUAUAAUAAAUAGAACCCAAGAUGUCUAAUGGCUCAGACACAAUAGUUUUUGUUUUUUUUUACCCCUAAUAUAAAAAAAUAGAAAAGUGAUAAUGAAGAGGCCAGUGGUCUGGCCCUCCUCCCCCAGACUAUAGUCAUCUCCACUGUAGCUAGCUGAAAGGGAAAAGGAACAUAGAGAAUGUUGAAUGGAGAUUUUUAUGGACCAGGACUGGAAAUGGUGCCCAUGUGACUUGAAUUCAGUCACCUGGCCACUCCUAACUGCAAUGGAGAUCGCACAAAAGAAACAAGCCACACAGGAAGAAGGAACUAGCUUAUUGCAACUAGCAAUCUCUGCUACAGAUGGCUUUGGCAGGAUGUAGGUCAUAAUGACUUGGGAAAACCUAUUUCAGUGAAGUGAUAAGGAUGAAAGCCCAAGAGAAUUGGAGGUAAGAAAUGAACAUACCUUUUUUUUUCUGUAGUUUUGCUAUGAAGAUGAACAGAGGAAUCUGAUAGAGGCUAGAAAGAGAUGGAAUGUUAAGAUUUUUCAAAAGAGGCAUGUUACUAGUGCAAACAGAAUGUAUACUAUUGUUAACAUUUAAGAAAUGAAUUCCAAGGUUUACACUUAUAGUAUAAAUCAGCCAUCACCAACCAGUGGUCCGUGAGGUCCGAAAGGUUGGCAACCGCUGCUGUAGAUGUGUUGGUUUAUGUUGAAUUUGGCAAAAUAAGUGGUAUAUUGUAUUUUAGGUUUCCAAAUUCCAAUUGUCUUACUUUAAAAUGUAGUAAUGAUGUUAUUGCAUCAACUACUAGGUUGAGAACAGAAUUCUAUUUUCUAUGGCAAGUGUCCAUCCAUCAAAGAACCAGAACUUCAAAGUGAAUCAGUCCAUUUUCUUAAUAGAAUGGUAGAAUGUAUUCAUAGCUGCAUGCUUCAUAUACUAUACUGAAAACAAUCUUACUUUUUGUUGUCUGAAGAUUUUAUGCCCUUUCCAUUCACUUGGUGACUCGAAGUGAUGCCCAAAACCCCCAUGACUAAUCAGUAUCUCAUGGGACCUAAGUGAGAGGUGGUUUUUCCUUUGUUUGUUUUUGCACAAAACACCCAAGCACGUGAUUGGGGAUGUCAAAAUAUGUAGAAAAUGACUGCUGCCAAAAGUCACUUAACAGAGAUGAUUGCUAAUGUAAAAGAAUUGGACUAAGCCAAAAUACAUACAUUUAUUUUAAAAGGCAGAUUUCUGGGAAGGCUGAAAAUUUCUUAUCCUCCUGUACUCUAUUUUUUUAAAUUGAGAUAUAGUUCACAUACAUAAAAUUCACCCUUUUAAAGUGCAAAAUUCAGUGACUUUCAGUAUAUUUACUUUAAAAAGUUGUGUAACACUAGUUCCGGAACAUUUUCAUCACCCUAAAAAGAAACUCCUUACCCAUUAGUAGUCACUCCUCAUUCCCAUCUCCCUCUCAGUCCCUGGUAACCAGUAAUCUACUUUCUGUUUCUUUAUAUGGAAUGUGUGCAGCACAGGAUUUGCCUGUGCUGCACACAUUCCAUAAAAAUGUAAUGGUAUAAUAUGUGGCUUUCUAUGUCUGGCUUCUUUCACUUAGCUUAAUGUUUACGAUUCAUCCAUGUAGCAUGGUAUCAGUACCUCAUUCCUUUUUAUGGCUAAAUAGUAUUCCAUUGUAUGGAUAUAACAAUUUAUCCAUUCAUCAGUUGAUGGACAUUUGAGUUUCACUUUUUUUCUCUAUUAUGAAUAUUAAUGCUGCUAUGAACAUUCAUGUACAAGUUUUUAUAUGAACAAGUUUUCAUUUUUCUUCAGUAUAUAUAUCUAGGGGUGGAAUUAAUGGGCCAUAUGAUCCUUAGUCUCUUCUAACCUUUAAUUCUUUAACACAUCUCUCAAGCUCUCCUCUCUAGUUGCUAACCUCGUGCACUCCCAUACUGUUCUCUUUAGAUUUUUAUAACAUUUUCACUUUUCUAAGGUUUUCCCCCUCUCCCCCACCCCCCCAGCUACAACUUUAUCAAGCAAACACACAAAAAUGAUAAUUGGGAAACUACAGCAGGGUGGGAGUGGGAGAGAAUCAUGUUGUUAUUUGCUUGUUUAGUCAUUUAGAGCUUUCAUGCCAAACCCUGGCAGCCACCCACCAGGAGGAUUUGACACAGCUUUUGGUGGGCAAGGUUAAUAAUAACCUCAAUCGCUGAGAACUCUGCUGCCAUUCUAAGGUAGGAGUUUCUUAUACUUUAAAAACCUGGUAAGAAAACUUGACCAGCAGCUUCAUAGAGAUUAUAUGUCUUAACCACAGAAUUACAUAUUUUUACAUUUCUACUGUUUUUCAAAAACCGAAAGGGAGGUUCCAAUAUUGCUCCUGAUGUUAGUUCCAACUUUUAUUGAGUAAUCCUCAGAGAUACAGCACUGAAUCCCAGAUGAUGAAGAUAGUGCCAUUCCUAAGAUCUUAAAUUGACAAGUUUUCUUUGACAAUAGCUUUCUCUCCUAUUAAACUUAUUCUUCAUGCCUAUGAUGACUGACUUCCACUUCCUCAAAGCCUCUAUAUUUUCAGUUUAUUAACCAAUUUCCUAUCUAGCUGGAACCUAUGGGCAAGCCAUUUCAGUGGUGCUUUUCUUCAUCAUCCUCGAUUUCUUCUUUGUUUAAUCUGUGCUGCAAAUUCUCUAAGAGGAAAUUUACCAUCUACUUUCUCCGUUCUUGUCCUUGGGAAUGCCAGGUCCCUUGAAACAGAGUCAGUAGUUUCAAGUGGGCACAUAUUACUAUUUUGAAUUCCUUUCAUAUCGAAAUGAGUUUUCUCAUAACUACCUAUUUCAAGGAAUUUCUGCUCUCAAGUCCUUAAGACUUAAUCUCACCAUUAUCUGUUUUGCAAAACUGAAGUUCUUUACCUGAGAAGAUUUAGGCCAGCUAAUGUGUCCGUCCAAUACUUUUCUCAGUUUUUCUUUAAACUCCUUUUUUCUAAACCUCUUCAAGGCUAAGCCCUUUUCAUACUUAAUUACUUUCUCUUCACUACCUGUCCUUAGUUUUUUUUUAAUCAAUUAUUCCUUUUCUUCACUCUUUAACGCCUCUCUCUUCAUUCGUCUUCAUUACAAAGAUUUCCCUGUGUUUUUUAAAUUAAUCUUGCAUCUAUAUAAUGCUAUCUCCUCUUUCGCAAACAUGUAAAUGACUUUACCUAGGAUGUGUAAUUCUUGAAUGCCCUGUCUCCUUUACAGUUGGCUUCAAACUCAAUUCUGUUUUAAAUUGUUUUCUCAAGUGUUACCUAUUCACCAAAUCCAAUAUUUUUUUAAAAGUAUAUUUUAUUGACUUUUUACAGAGAGGAAGGGAGAGGGAUAGAGAAUUCGAAACAUCGACAGAUAGAAAUAUCAAUCAGCUGCCUCCUGCACACCCCCUACUGGGGAUGUGCUGGCAACCAAGGUACAUGCCCCCGAUUGGAAUCAAACCUGGGACCCUUAAGUCCGCAGGCCGACGCUCUAUCCAGUGAGCCAAACCAGUUAGGGCCAAAUCCAAUAUUUUUAGUUUACCCUUUUGAUUGCCUGUGGGAUUUAAGCUUCAGGACCUCUUGCUUAGAGGAGCCUUUAAAAUGUUUGUUGUUGAAUAUUUUUGUAAAGUUGCAAAAGCAAAAUAUUUUUGCCUUCUUGUCAAGCUUCAGGCCCCCCAAACCUGGAUUUGCCAUUUUAUAAAAGGUGAUCGGCCCCUCAUAUAAAAGAAGUUCAUCAGAUUCUGUUAUAGCCUGAGGUAACAACAUUGGGCACGGCUCCCUUCAACUUGGUCACAGCAAAGGAAGGAACUAAUUGCUAUAUUAAAAUUUAUAUCCUGGAUUGACCAAAUACUUAUAUUAUUUUCAUACCUAGGUCCCAGGUCUUGUCCUUAAUAUUACAGGUUCAGGAACUAGUUUUUAAGCCUUUUGACCAAGGUGAUCAAGCACUGAAAAAUUAAUUCAUGCUAACCAAACUCUCAAAGGAUUAUUUAUAAACCAGAAUGUUUAUUAACAUACAAAAAGGAAUUAAUAUUGUAAUAUUGACUGGGUAUAAAUAUCUGCUAUCCAAAACACACUUAACUGAAUCAAGAUAGAGAUCAAAUAUGAUUAUAAAACGUUUAGUUUUCAUGACUUAACGUGAAAAUAACUGAGUGCUGAAGGCGUCCUUACUGCAGAGGUAUGGCCUACAGUGCACCCUAAACCCUGUUUCUUGUGUGACUUAAGCGUGUGCAUGAUUCUGAUCUACCAGUGUUGCCUGGUUAUGUAUGAAUUGAGUUGGUCUGUGCCUUAAAGAUCCCACCCCCCAAAUGCACCCAAUUUGGCUGCCAUACGCGGAUACUGCGUUCCCCAACCUUCCUCACUUUUGUCCUUUUAUUUCAUUCGUGUAUCUCCAUUCCCCUCACUUCCAGUGCCCAGGCUAUCCUCAAGGUCCCUCCUAACGUAAGUUCUGUCGUCACCUACCUACUUUUACCUUGCCUCACCUAUUAAUCAUCACCUCCGACCGACACCCUCAUCCCCCAUCUGGCCCAGACUGGCCCCACCUCUCACACCGAACCUUCCCGGGUGAGGGCGCCUCGGGCCGCUCCCCGCCCAGCGGGGAAGCUGCGGGGGAGCACUUUCUCGAGCUCUUUGCAUGACCUCCUCUCCCAUUUUCUCCCAGUCCUACAAACCACCACCACAUUUACCCUCCCCAUGAACACCGGGACCGUCUCCUGCCCGCGUCUGCGGGGGGAGGUCUCCAGCGAAGGCAGAAAGGUGUCUCCUUACUUAAUGUAGGUGUGUCCAGAUGCUGGCACCCGCGCCGUCGGGGAACCGAACCCGGGCGGAGCCCCAGGUGAAGGGGAAGGGUGGUUGGCGCUAAGCCAAUCACGGCUCAUGACAACAGGGAUCAGCCAAUCAGAACACGGGGUGCUUGGCGCAGGGUAAGGGCCCGCCCCCUUGCAGCUGGGUGGCCAACGCCUUCGCCAGGGCUGGCUGGAGCCGAACUGGUUUCCGAGUCCAGGGACCGGGCACCUUCCGAGCUGGGAGACCGCGCCCUCCCACCCCAGCUGAUUUCUCUGCCGGCCUCGGCCUUAGCAGGUGUCGGUCCUGCCGUGGACGCAUUCUGACCUGAGCCGUAUCUCUCCCUGGAGACUUUGUGCCUAUGGUUGGGGACAGAGUGAGGUCGUUGCCUUGACGACGGCAGCAUGCAGGCAGUGGUCCUCCUGAGCGUGAGCUUGGGGCGGGCCGAGGCCAAUCUGCCUCUCUCUGCUUCACCUGGCGCCCGUGACUGUGUCCUCACAAGGAAUCGUAACCGCACUGAAACUGCUAGUUUGCUAGUCAGCAUUUUUUAGACCCGCGGGAGAGAUGAAUUUCACCUCAAAUUUGUUUCCGAGUUGAAAACCUUUGGGUCUUUCCACGUGAAAGGAUAUUAAAGAAGCACAAGAAAAAAAUCCUUCUGGUUUUGAAUUAAAAUGGAAAAAUAUGAGAACCUAGGAUUGGUUGGAGAAGGGAGCUAUGGAAUGGUGAUGAAGUGUAGGAAUAAAGAUACUGGAAGAAUUGUAGCCAUUAAGAAGUUCUUAGAAAGUGAUGAUGACAAAAUGGUUAAAAAAAUUGCUAUGCGAGAAAUCAAGUUACUAAAGCAACUGAGGCAUGAAAAUCUGGUGAAUCUGUUGGAGGUGUGUAAGAAAAAAAAAAGAUGGUACCUAGUCUUUGAGUUUGUUGACCAUACCAUUCUUGAUGACUUGGAACUCUUUCCAAAUGGACUAGACUACCAGCUUGUUCAAAAGUAUUUGUUUCAGAUUAUUAAUGGAAUUGGAUUUUGUCAUAGUCACAAUAUCAUACACAGAGAUAUCAAGCCAGAGAAUAUAUUAGUCUCCCAGUCUGGCGUUGUCAAGUUAUGUGAUUUUGGAUUUGCGCGGACAUUGGCAGCUCCUGGGGAGGUUUACACUGAUUAUGUGGCAACCCGAUGGUACAGAGCUCCAGAACUAUUGGUUGGUGAUGUGAAGUAUGGCAAAGCUGUUGACAUAUGGGCCAUUGGUUGUCUGGUAACCGAAAUGCUCAUGGGGGAGCCCCUCUUUCCUGGAGAUUCUGAUAUUGAUCAGCUAUAUCAUAUUAUGACGUGUUUAGGUAACCUCAUUCCAAGGCACCAGGAGCUGUUUUAUAAAAACCCUGCGUUUGCGGGGGUAAGGUUGCCUGAAAUCAAGGAAAUGGAACCUCUUGAAAGACGCUAUCCCAAGCUCCCUGAAGUUGUGAUCGAUUUAGCAAAGAAAUGCUUACAUAUUGAUCCAGACAAAAGGCCCUUCUGUGCUGAGCUCCUGCACCACGAUUUCUUUCGUAUGGAUGGAUUUGCUGAACGGUUCUCUCAGGAACUACAGUUAAAAAUACAGAAAGAUGCCAGAAAUAUUUCUUUAUCUAAAAAAUCCCAAAACAGAAAGAAGGAGAAGGAAAAAGAUGACGUUUUAGGUGAGGAUAGAAGCACACUUGUGGUACAGGAUUCCAAUGCUGAUCCCAAAAUUAAGGAUUCUCGAGUAUUAAAGAUAAAAGGGUCAAAAAUUGAUGGAGAAAAAGUUGAAAAAACCAGUCGAGCUUCAAAUGUCAGCUGUCUCCAUGACAACGGGUCUAGCCACAUCAAAGCAGUGCCUUCAACAAGCCUCAGAGAUUGCAGCAAUGGCAGUGUGGACCACACAAGGAAUCCAGGCAUGGCUAUUCCUCCACUUACACACAAUCUUUCUGCACUAGCUCCUGGUAUUAAUUCUGGAAUGGGGACUAUCCCAGGAGUUCAGAGUUACAGAGUGGAUGAGAAGACCAAGAAGUAUUGUAUUCCAUUUGUUAAACCAAACCAACAGACUCCACCAGGCAUUUAUAAUAUUAACAUGACCAAACCAAUCACUAGUGAAAAGAGCCUCCUUCAGGCAAAUAAGAAAAGAAGAGAAUACGCAAAGACAGAUGUGCAUUUGCCUGAAUUAAACUAUAAUCAUCUCCCUGAACUGAGAGCCUUGGAAGGUGUAGCUCGAAAUUCCAGGCUAAUGAGGAAAGAGAACAAAAACCUUUCAGAAUCUCAAAUUCCUUCUCUGGCCGCUAUUGACUUGCAUGCCUCCAGUGUUACACUGCAUCAGUUCCCAUGGGCCAGGAGCCCGGGCCAAGCUGCUUCUCUCCUUCAGAGUCUCACAGGCCGAAAUCAAGGUGUCAUCAGGGCCGCAUUUCUCUCUGGAGGCUCUAGGGGAGAAUCCGUUUCCAGGCUCGUUCAGGUACCAGGAUCUCCCCUGCCAGAGGACUCGGAGGCUGACUUACCUUGGAUGGAACACCAGCACUGAAUGUCAGUUUGGUUCUGAACGGGAUGCUGCUCUAGCGCUUGAGAUGACAUCCUCCUGGAACAAAAGUGCUGAUAUCCCAGGAGGAGAUAGACAUGGUUUUGAUCAUUUACUUCUGAACUGCCUGCAUUUUCUGAGAAAUGUUUUGCAGAAGGAAAGACAAUGACUUCCAGGUGUUUCAAAGGAAGAUUGGGCAAGUGUCCUCCCCAACUGUCAGCCAUCAUCUUUGAAGUCCACUGAUGCUACUUCAAGAUAAUCCAAUGAAAGAAUAGUGAUAUGGUUCUCGUUACAUGAGUGUAUAUUUACUAUUAGUGGGUUGUGUAUUUAAAGGUACCCAAGAUUAACAGUAAGUAAAAAAGGGGAGAAAGAUUAUAAAAGUUUAUGUUACUUAUGCAUCAAACUUUGUGUGUUACCUGCAUUGAUGUGUACAUUUAUUUAGGAAUGUCUUUGUGAAUGUGGGAGCUAAAAACUAGGAUCAGUUGAAGAAAAUGAAAAAACUAGGAUCAGUAAAAAAAUAAAAUGUUUCCUUUACCCUAACCUAACUAUGAAAACACAUUUAAGACUCUUGCUUGUUUCUAGGCUUUAACAAGAUAUGUGACUGCUCUUUAUGGAUAGAUAUAUUUCUUUGGUUCCUGUGAGUAUAGUUGAUGUUUGAUCAGUGUAUCAUGGGAAUCUGCCUCUCUGCUGAUCUUCUAAGAACCACCCUAAAUGCAAGUUUCGCAAAGAACCCUUUUUAUUUCUAACGAUUUGGAUAGUUCUUUGCACUGUAUGAUUCUGGGGCUAACGUUCCUGUGAGCAGGAAUGUGACCGGGACAAGAGUGAGAAAGGAGAAUGCUGUAGGUCUACCUUGGAGUCGAAUACUUCUCAUUGACAAAAGAGGGAUAUCUACAAAACCAGGAAAUGGGAAGCAGGCUCACCAGUUGACUAUGGUCACUCUUCUCUGGGCUGACUCCUGCUGAACUCCCCAGCCGAAGAGGCUUUGGGCAGGGAUGAACUUUGUUCGGGACUUUACUCCUAUCCGCUGAUAGUUUGAAGGUGAUAUUAAAUAGAAUAUCUUUCUAAAAUCCCAGAGAUAUUCCUGUCUUCUUAUUUCCUCAAACACCUAGGCCUUCCCAAAAGCUUUUAACCAAGGUGCAAAAUUGUUAACCCACAGGACACACAUCUUUCCUAAUGCACUGGUCCUCAACGUUUAGGUGGGAGUGUUAAACCAAUUUGGCUCUCGUUUUUUCGUUUCUGGGUUUCUAGUCAUGCUCUGCAUUUACUGUUUUAGGGAAUGAUUGUUAAGGGGACCAGAAUUUGUGUGGGUUUUUUUUUUUGCCUUAACCAAUUAAUAGUAUGUUGUUGUUUUUUCCAAAUGACAUUGACUAGAACUUAGCCCAGGAAUUUUACUAGCACUUUUCUCUAUUACCUACCCUGUGGAGCUUAAUAUUAAAAUUCUAAUCAUAGUUACUUGAGCCUCAAAAGAGUAGGAUAUUCAGGAGGCAAAAUAAGGGGCUGCAUUGUAAAAGUCUAUGUAGGUGGCUCAAUUAAACUUUGAUCUUGAUUUUGAAGCUCUAUCUCUAAUCUCUGACCAGGUGUUUGACUAGAUGAGGUAUGGCUAACAUGCUGAACAAAGUUAGUGUAUAGGCAUUAAUAGGCCUCAAAUUAAAAUAUUAUUAUUUUUACUUUGAAUUAUGUUGUCAACAGCCACCACAGCAUAAAAAGCAGACACUACUUAAAAACCAAGUAGCUGUCCAGUUUAUUUCAAUGUUAAUUUUAUUAAAAGAUUGGUGUGAAAAUAUCACCUCAAUGUCUGAAGGUCUAGGAUUAGACCUUUUUCAUUCUAUAUUUGCUCUUGGUAUCUUUUAUCGAUUAAAACAUUUUGUGCACUUUAGAACUAAAGAACUAAAAACUAUUACUAUAAGUCCAAGUUGAGACUUGAAGCUCAUAUCUGUUUAGAAUCUUGGAAGUACUACUUGAAAAAGAUUUUGCAAACUGGGGCUAUAGACCCUGAACUAAAAUAAUUCCCCCCCCCCUUUUUUUUUCAAUUUAAGGUUACUUUUUCUUUCCUUACAAAGGAUAUGAUUAAGUCACAUACUAAUAGGAAAUAUGUAUAUGUACUAGUGGGAAAAUGGGCUUGCUGUGUGUAUGUAUAUUUUACAAUUAAUAAAUAUUAUAUGUUAUUGAGCUCCA